GGUGGAGAUGGAGGCUACACGAGAACGAGAGGUGGUGUACGUGUGUGUGGUAGGGGAGGGAAUCCAUGGACGCAGCGAGAGCGGUGGCGAUGCCGUCGCUGUCGCCGACGACCCUCGCGGCGAGGGCGAGGCCUAGCGCCGGAGGCGGAGGCAGCCGCCGGCGCCGCCUUCCCAGGGUCGCCGCCAUGGCCACCCAGAAACCCACCGGCACAAGAAGGGGGACGGCGGUGUACUUCCCGGUGGGGGAGCCGGGGCCGCGGCAGACGACGAGCGGGAAGGCGGCGAAGCCGGUGAAGCUGCUGACUAACGUGGAGAAGCUGCGGCUGCUGACCAAGGCGGAGAAGGCCGGGCUCCUGUCGGCGGCGGAGCGGGCGGGGCUGUCGCUGUCGGCGGUGGAGCGGCUGGGGCUGCUGUCCAAGGCGGAGGAGCUGGAGGUGCUGUCGGCGGCCACCGACCCGGGCACCCCCGGCGCGCUGCUCGGCCUCGCGCUGCUGCUGCUCGCCGCGGGGCCCGCCGUCGUGUACCUCGUCCCCGAGGAGUACCCCUGGGAGGUCGCCGUCCAGGCCGUCGCGGCGCUCGUCUGCGUCGUCGGCGGCUCCGCCGCCUUCGCCGCCUCCAGCUUCGUGUCCAAGCUCCAGAGCUCGUCCAGCUGAAACGUCUCGCGUGAUUACCAUGUGUGAUUAAGCAAAUUAAGCGCAGUAUUUAGCUAUGUGAUAUUAAUUACUGUGCCGCUGGCGUGAUGGCGUCUUGAUUUUGUACCAGAGCAUUGGUGUUUCUGCAAAAGCUGUAUCAUUUAUUAGUGUAUACCAGUAUACGAUAUACAGGGGCUGUUUUGGAUUA